CCCCCCGCCCUUGCCCGGGCCCCUGGGUGCCUAGGCGGGGUGAAUCCCACUCGUCCGGAAUUCCCAGGAUGCUGUCCCAGGCUACUGUGGCUCAAGGGAGAGGAAGAAAGGACCUCCCUAAAAGGCGUUGGGGGCGGCGGUACCCUCGCGACUCUGGCUCUGUGAGGCCCAGAGCCCCUCCCCGCGCGCUGAGGCCCUACUCCGCACCCAGCUGCUCCGCCCAAGCCUUAGACCCGCUUCCAAAGCUGGGCCCCUGCCCUGCCCGGAAUUCAGGCUGCGGGGCAUCCACAGGUGUGGUUCUCCAACCACCUGCAGCCAUCGCGACUAUCCGAACACCUGUUGCAAGCUCAGAUUCCCAGCUUUAGAUCGGGAGGCUUCCGGGCAGGUGGAUUUUGAGACAACAUGUCGGCUUCGGUGAAAGAAAGCCUUCAGCUUCAGCUACUGGAAAUGGAAAUGCUGCUUUCCAUGUUUCCUAACCAAGGAGAAGUAAAGCUUGAAGAUGUAAAUGCCUUGACGACUAUAAAGAGAUAUUUGGAAGGCACCAGGGAAGCGCUACCACCAAAAAUCGAAUUUGUGAUUACGCUCCAGAUUGAGGAGCCCAAGGUGAAAAUUGAUUUGCAAGUCACCAUGCCUCACAGCUACCCCUACGUAGCACUGCAGCUGUUUGGACGGUCACCUGAGCUUGACAGACAGCAGCAGCUGCUUCUCAACAAAGAUCUCACUUCCUACAUCGGGACUUUUGACCCAGGUGAGCUGUGUGUGUGCGCAGCAGUCCAGUGGCUACAAGACAACAGUGCGUCCUAUUUCCUGAGCAGAAAGCUCGUGUAUGAACCAUCUACCCAGGCAAAGCCCAUCAAGAACACGUUCAUCCGCAUGUGGAUCUACAGCCACCAUAUAUACCAGCAGGACCUAAGGAAAAAGAUUUUGGAAGUGGGGAAAAGGUUGGAUGUGACGGGAUUUUGCAUGACAGGAAAGCCCGGUAUAAUCUGCGUGGAGGGUUUCAAAGAGCACUGCGAGGAGUUCUGGCACACAAUCAGGUACCCCAACUGGAAGCACAUUUCCUGUAAGCAUGCAGAAAGCACCGAGACCGAAGGAGAUGGCGAGGACCUGCGUCUUUUCCAUUCUUUUGAAGAAUUACUCCUUGAGGCCCACGGUGACUACGGAUUAAGGAAUGACUAUCACAUGAAUCUGGGCCAGUUCUUAGAAUUUCUCAAGAAACACAAAAGUGAGCAUGUUUUUCAGAUACUAUUUGGCAUUGAGAGCAAAAGCUCAGAGUCCUAGGAAGUCAUUAAGAGGCCGGUAUUUGUAAGUUCACUCAGUAUUGAUGUUAACAAGACCAAAGUACAAAGGCCAAGGCUGUGUAGCAUCCUUGGUGGAAGACCUAGCUCCAGGAUUUUUACCUGGUAAUGAGUUUCAACUGGUCAUGAAAUGAAAGGGCCUUUUAACUUUAUAACUGUAAAGUUGUGAUGUUAUCUUCUUGUAUUAAGUCACUUGAAACAAUUUCAUUGUAAGUUAAUAAAACAUUUAACCAGUGGA